AUGCCCACCAUCUAUUCGUCGCUGUACACGAAUUUCAUCCGUCAAGGAUCAACAUUCGCCAAGUCGAUCACCACCCACGGCUACGCACAAUCUGUUGUAGCUGCCGCCCACCCCCAUGUUCUAAACGCGCAGAACCGCCCGGUCUUUGGUCGCCGGCAUACCAACAGACUCGGGCGUCUCUCCAACUUCCAGCUUCAUUCGGCUUUUCACUCUGAGCGGACAGGAGCUGGCCUCUCGUCCGACCAUCGCCAUGGCCACGUACAUGGCGGUUUAGAUGCCUAUUUUGAGGCUCUCCAGAAGCAGCAGGCUGCUGGCGAGGCCGACAAUGAGUGGACGCAGUUUGAGUUCCAGAAGCGGAUCGAAUGGAAGCCCAGCUCGUCGACCGUUCUUGCUGGCGAGGAGGAUGCCCUGGCUGCCGAGGACCCUGCCGUCGAGGCGGUCGAGGAUGAGAGCUCGUCUUCCUUCUCGGUGGAGGAGGCUGCCGCCCUGGCACACAUCAAUGCCGCCCUCGAGAAGGAGAUCGAGUCUCGACAGUUGCAAGAGGCCGCUGAGAAUGCGCCCUGGGCCUCUGUCCCUGUGUCCCGAUCGCAGACGCCCAGGAGUGUCGCGCGCACUGCCACUCCUCCCAUUGACAGCCAGUCGCAAUCUUACGCCGACCACUUGGCGAAGCUUGCUGCCGCCGACCGAUAUGCCGAGAUUCCUGCAGUGUUCGAGGCCAUGCUGGCCACGGGCGUCAAGCCCAUUGCCAGCGCCUACAACGCUCUCUUGUUGGCCGCCAUCCACAUCCCGACGAAGAAGAUCGAGAUUGUCUCGAAGGCUCUCGACGUCUAUGCUGACAUGAUCCGCCGUCGUGUCACCCCGGACAGCGAGACUUAUGAUAUUCUCGUCAAUCUCCUGGCGUCGCGGUCCCUGGAGGUUUCCGCGAUGAAGAAGGCCCUUGGGGACAAGCGCCAGCGUUUUGGCGGCAUGGACGAGCCCGGCAAGUUCAUGUUCGCUUCUCACGAGCUCGAGCAUGCCAUUCUUUGCGAAGACGACAGGCUCGAUCUUGCCAUCAAGCUCUUCGACCAGUCGGCCGAUGCUGACACCGCCAUGUACUCAGCCGAGACGUAUCACGAGCUGAUCAUCGCGUGCGCAGAGGCUGGACGAGUGUCAGACAUGCUCCGUCUGUUUGAGCACAUGGAGUUCAGCAAGACGGCGCCCAUCGCUGCCAUCUUCCCCGCAAUGAUCACUGCGUUCGCCAGCCGCGGUGACCUUGUCAGCGCCGUCGAGUGCUACAACGAGUACCGCAGCCUCGCGGUGGCCCACGACAACGGAAGCGCCAGCCUUCACGACCGACUUGACGACCAGGUCUAUGCCGCUGUCAUAAACGCUUAUGUCGUUUCGGACAAGAUUGAAGGCGCGAUGAAGUUCUUCCAGAAGAUCGUCAGCGAGUACGGCGUCCGUGCCGUUGACAUCAAGGACGCUCUUGUCAGCCUUGGCUUCGUCAAAGGAUUCAUUUCCCGCGGCAUCUACCAGGAGGCUUUCCACUGGGCCCAGUCCAUCGAGGCUGAGGCUCAGUCAAAGGCUAUGGCCCGACUCGCCACCGUCGCUGCCGACAACAGCGAGAAGAUGACGGCAAUCGACGCGUAUGGUAGCAUCAAGGGCGACACUCAGGCUAUUGUCACCCCCACUAUGGCGUUGCUUGCCAUGAGCAUCCGUGAGGGCGACGUUGCCUCAGCCACCAAGUACUGGCACGCCCUUUCUCGACCGGAAAUCCACGCUACUGCGUCUUUCAUUGAGCCGACAGCCAUGUAUGCCGUUGCUCUGAUCGGUUCUGGACAGGUCGCUGAGGGUCUGGCCCAGUCAGAGAUGAUGUUCCAGCGCAUCCGUGCCUCGGAAUCCGAAGCGCGGACGCAGCUGUCUGAGGAGGUUGACGAGGGUGUCGAGUUCAUUCAGCGGUACAUGGAAACGCGCGGGAUCGCGGACCCUCGUGAGAUGGGUUCCCAGAUGUCCUCAUUGCCUUCUCAGGCGAUGAGCGCGUCGCCUUUCCUGUCGACGCCCACUGUUUCCAGCUUUGAGGACAACUUUGAUCCGCACGCUCACAGCACCGAUUUCAAGGGCUCGUCUCUCAUCGCUGACGAUCUCGAGGGCAGCCACGGUCGCAAGGGCGCGCGCCUGGGUGAUGCUCUCAACCGUUUCCGAAACAUGCGCCGCGCUGGCCGCCACCCCCGCUACAUCACAUACGCCAAGAUGAUUUCCGCCGCAGCUCGCGAGGGGAAGAUGGAGCUCUGCCACGACAUCCUCGCCAUGGCCCGUACUGACGUCCCGUUGAUGCCUCAGUACGCCAUGGUCCGUUACGGCUGGUCUUCGAUUCUCGACGCAAUGGUUGGCGCUUGUCUCACCAUGGGCAACCGCGGCCGUGCUGAGCAGUACCACCAGGAGCUCCUGGAGAUGGGUGCUGCCCCUUCUGCGAACACGUUUGGGCUCUACAUCACGACGCUGAAGGACUCGACCAAAACAUUCGACGAGGCGUCUGAGGCUGUUCGCAUCUUCCACCGGGCGAAGACGGAGGGCGUCGAGCCUAGCUCGUUCUUGUACAACGCUCUCAUCGGCAAGCUGGGCAAGGCUCGCCGUAUCGACGACUGCCUGUUUUACUUUGCUGAGAUGAGGGCCCUGGGCAUCAAGCCAACUUCCGUCACCUACGGCACAAUCGUCAACGCCCUAUGCCGCGUCAGCGACGAGAAGUUUGCGGAGGAGCUGUUUGAUGAGAUGGAGGCCAUGCCCAACUACAAGGCUCGGCCUGCACCCUACAACAGCAUGAUGCAGUUCUUCCUGACGACCAAGAGGGACAAGAGCAAGGUGCUUGCCUACUAUGAGCGCAUGAAGGCGAAGGGUAUUGCCCCCACGUCGCACACGUUCAAGCUUCUGGUCGACACGCACGCCACGCUCGAGCCUGUGGACAUGACGGCAGCUGAGCAGGUCCUCGAGAUGAUUCGGGCAUCUGGGCAGCGAGCCGAGCCGGUCCACUAUGCGUCCCUGAUUCACGCUCGGGGCUGUGUGCAGCACGACAUGGAGGGUGCCCGGAAAUUGUUCGACAGCGUCAUUCGGGAUUCUCUGGUUCCCGUCAACGCGAGCCUCUUCCAGGCGCUGUUCGAGGCCAUGGUCGCCAACCACCAGGUCACGGCCACGGAACCCGUGCUCUCGCAGAUGCGAAAGAUGGGCGUCGAGCUUACGCCGUACAUUGCCAACACGCUGAUCCACGGCUGGACGGCGCAGAAGAACAUCGACAAGGCCCAGCAGAUUUAUGGCGCGGUCGUGCGUGAGAAGCGCGAGCCCAGCACGUACGAGGCCAUGACGAGGGCCUACCUCGCGGUGGAGCAGAGGGAGCAGGCCAAGGGUGUGGUUGGCGAGAUGCUCACCCGCGGCUAUCCCAGCGCCGUGGUGAACAAGGUGCUGGAGCUUCUGGGCGGCGGCCAGGAGGCGCCAGCGGCUUGA